AUGACUUCAUUUUCUCCCUCCUUGACGCCGUCCAUCCUCCACCAGAACCUGAGGGUCAACACCUCUGAACUGCCCAGUCCCUGGUCGAACAAUAUCACCAGGUCACGCAUGACAUCUUUAGGGUUAGGCAUGUCCUGUUUCACUAUGGCAUUUGGCACCAUCUCCAACUUCACCGCUCUGGCAAUCUUGGCCAAAUCUCGUGCGCGAUUUCGCCGCCAAUCCAAAGCACCAUUUCUGCUACUAACAGUGGCUUUGAUGUUGGCUGACCUUGGGGGCCAUGUGAUUCCAGGUGCAUUUGCUUUGUAUCUGCACGUUAUGUUAAGGUAUAAAAUGCAGAGCGUGGAGCCCACCAAGGCAUUCUGCCAGAUCUUUGGGGCAAGUAUGGUGUUUUUUGGCCUAUGCCCUUUGCUGUUGGGUUGUGCCAUGGCAAUAGAGCGCUGUGUGGCCAUCACCAAACCCUUUUUCCACACUGCAAUGGUCACAGUCGCUCAUGUGCGGGGAGUUGUGUUAAUUCUAUCCUCUCUUGCACUCCUGCUGGCUGUUCUACCUUUAUUUGCCAUAGGAACUUACACUAUCCAGUCUCCUGGCACAUGGUGUUUCUUGCCUAUCCAUGGUCCACAGUCUACAGCCGACACCUAUCUGGCUUUGGCUUUCUCAUGUCUGGGCCUCAUUGCACUCACUCUUUCACUGCUCUGCAACAUCCUGAGUGGUCUGACAUUGCUGCAGGCCAGAAUAAAGUCCCAGAAUGCUAAUACAAAAUCGGCAGCUCGCUGCUCUCGUCGUGUAUCAUCUGCAUCAUCUUCCUCCGUGUUUUGUUCAUUGGAUGUGGAGAUGAUGGCACAACUGGCAUUGAUUACCGUGGUUUCCUGUGUUUGCUGGAGUCCCUUCCUUAUCAGUGUUCUUCUGAUGCAGUUCAUCCAAAGUCCCGGUGGCCAAACCUCUGAGACAUAUCAGGUCAUUCUUCUGGGUUUACGUAUGGCCUCCUGGAACCAGAUCCUCGACCCAUGGGUUUACAUCUUACUGAGGAGAGCAGCGCUUUACAGGGUUUGCUGUGCUUUCAAAACACAAAGACCCAUCGUAGCUGGCAAAUAG